CUUCUCAUCCUCCGCGUCCAGCUUCGAGCGUCUCUUCCAGUUUCAGCUUCGAGAAAGCUCGCCGCUCGCCGCCACGCCGGGAAGGAAUCGCCCCAAAAAGCCCGCGCGCACCGGAGGGUCAGCGCACGAGAAGCGGGAGCAGCCACCACUCGCCGGCGAUGGAGAGGGUCGUGGUGGUCUCCGAGGACGCCGCCGCCUCGGUCUCCUCCGGCCCGUCCUCCUCCUUCGCGGAAACCAGGGUCAUCUGCCGCGUAUGUCAGAAGCAGUUCGCGCAGUACACUUGUCCACGCUGCAACUCCCGCUACUGCUCGCUUACGUGCUACAAGGGGCAUAGUGUGCAAUGCACUGAGUCAUUUAUGCGUGAGAAUGUUACGGAGGAGCUUAAGCAAAUUCAGCCUGAAGAUGAAUCAAAAAGGAAGAUGCUUGAUAUACUCAGACGGUUCCACUUGGAAGAAGAAAUGGAGUCCGAUGGUGAAGAUGAGUCAAUGUUGUCAGAGGAGCUUAUUCAGAAAGCCAUCUCUGGUGACGAAAUCAAGCUUGAGGACCUCUCUGAUGAUGAAAUCAAACGAUUUCGUCAAGCUCUGGCCUCUGGUGAACUCAGCAAGAUGAUUGAACCAUGGACUCCAUGGUGGAAAAAUCCUUCUGCUCAGUCGAUCUCUCUUAGUCAUGAUGGGACCCAGCUUAUCAGACAAAUAAGUACAGACGAUACUACUUUAUCAGAUCCAAUGACCGCGUCAGAAUCUAUCAUCCAUGAAAUACCAGAAGGGCCAGAAUCUCCUCUCCCAUCACUCAAACAGCUAACCAGGGCAGAGCCAUCUCCUUUGCUCACUGUUCACUUAGUUGAUAUUCUCUACAGUUACUGCUUCACACUUCGCCUCUACAAUGGUGAUUGGCAGUCUGAUCCUUUGGGUGCUUCAACUGUUGCCUUGUCUAUGUCGAAAGUCAUGGGGGACGGCGCUAAACCUGAGACAGUAUCUGAAGCGCUCACGACGUGCAUAGAGGAGACAUGCUCCCCAGCUUACAGGCACACCGGAGGUUUCAGGUUUGCUAUUGGACUUGUGGAUGAUAUCAUCACAAUCCUCUCCUUAGGAGGCAAUGCAGUGGUUUGUGCAUUGUGUGACUUCCACAGGCUCUUCCAAGCUGGUGAGAGCAUCCUCAAGGAAGACAAAAUGGGCGAGACGGAAAAGGCACGGAGCUUCAAAAAGCUCCAUGCCGCGGGUAGGAAGCUGUUCUUCAUGACAUGCUGGGCUCAUGAGCAGCCAAGUGAGGCCUGGCCAUCGUUGGCUCGCAUCGUUGAGGUGCAGAAAGCGGCUUUUGAGGAGCUGGACAGUGGAAGCGGACUGAGGAAGGCAGGUAGAAAGAACAACCCUCAGUCCAAGGUUCUGAUCAACGCAGUACUGCUGGAAUAACCACACUGUUUUCUCACCACCCUUUUGGUAUCUCUCAGCUGUAUCACUUGAUCCUUGUGCCUGCUAUAUCUUUGAGUGCAGUGGCUUAAAUGUAUAAAUUGUCAUCUUUGGAAGAUGUGAUAGUUUACAUUUCUGAAGUUCUGAUAUUAAAGCGACCUGGUUAAUCACA